UGCGACUCUUCAGUGGGCAGUAGGCAGACAGCACACUCAUCUUCUCUUUCUCUCCUCUCCACAUCGCAUAUCAGAAUAUCUAUCCACAUGUCGAGCAUGCAAGAUUCGCCAGAUAUCGAUCAAGUGACUUCCUACCUUUCUCAGCUCAGUCUGAAAGAUAGCGCAUCUUCUGGAAGCGUAGAGGCCGAGUUGCCACCUGACCUCAAAGUGCUAUGGGAGUCUGGGAGAAUUUAUCUCAAGGACAGUCUCGAAGAUGGAGCUGGAAGUGGCAGAAGAUUUCUCAACUCUGCAUACCGUCACAUUCUAAAUUCAAGUCUCCCGCGCGAUAGUAUUCCCCCUGGACUGCGGGCAGCUCUAUUCCAGGAUGGUGGCGCGAAUGGUUGGCAGAGACGCCAGCCCCUGCCAAACAAUCAACUGGACGAACUGAUGCUCAAGACCGAUAUCACGACAUUUCUUCUAUGUGCCUGUGAACGCGAACAGCCGCCUGCCGCGAUUGAGACGAUAGCCGAGCAGCAAAAGCGACUGGACGAGGCCUUCCAUGUAAAGUUCCGCGGACGCUUCGAUGAACUCUUUGUAGAAGCCUUGGACAUUUAUGCGAAAAUAUACGACAACGAUAUAUACUACGGUCGCAUGAUACCCUUCGUUCAAGCUAGCGGAACAGGAAAGACUCGUUUGGCGUGGGAGCUAGGGCAUCGGAUGCCUGCAUUCUGUGUUUGUUUCCGAGAGGACGAACUGCCAACCUCAGGAUGGCCUCCUCGUGACGUCAACCGAAAGUUCUUUGAUGGGCUCGAUGGGCCGUCCACCUUCCUGGCAGAGGAGAAGGCGGCUGCUUUUCUCGGUGCGCUCGUGGAGGUCUUGCAUAAAACAGCACCUGCCGAUCUGGAGGGCUGGAUCAAAGCCUGGUCUAUCGAAAAUCCAACCGAUCUCGACGGUUCAAGUCGCCACAGUCACUUUGAAGAUGUGAAAAAACUUACGACAGAGCGGCUGACUGCGUUCAAGGAGGAAUUGUUUACCUUGAGAUCAGAGCACAACAUCACUGUCAGCACUGAUGCAGCGGAAGCUGAUGACAACGCCGGAGAUGAAGAAUCCGGAACCAGCGUCACCCGCUGGCACCAGCAUUUGUUCAGAAUUCUCGCGAAGCCGGCUUUCGAUAAGCUCGCGGACUCUGUGCAACGUCUAGGGUAUCAGAGGUUCCUUCUAAGUCUCGACGAGUGUACAGAACUCAACGAUCCCGCCCUGCUUCGCGGUCCGAAAGGCCCGAGAGGUCCUCAGCGAAAGAUGUCGCUCAUCGCUCUUCAGCGGAUCAUCAAGGCCGCAGACGAAUUUAGCUUCCCGCAUGGCAUCCAAUUUUGGUAUAUGCUCUUGGACACGAACUCCUCCGUGUAUGAACUCGCUUCUUCUGGGCCAGACGCGUCCUCGUUUCGCUUAACGAGUGCACUUAAACCCUUGCCUGUGUUUUGUUACGUCGAUUUCGACCAAAUGCGUUACGAAAACAAGCAAGAUGACAAGCGAGGUGGCAAGCGAGGUGGCAAGCAAGAUGACCAGCAAGAUGGCAAGAUCAUAAAUGCGGAAGACGCUCUUCUGAUCUCCUUCCUUGCAACGUUGGGCCGGCCUUACUGGUAUUCCCUUCGCAACACUCCAGAAGUUGUGCGUGCUGCGAUCAAGAAGCUAAUCUACAACGAUGCAUUCGAUCCGGCAAACCCUGAUCAUGUGUUCGCCAUCUUUGCAAACCGUAUCGUGCUGGAACUGAGCAAUACGUCGCAUUCGAGCCGGAUCGCUAUAAAUGCCGUACGCAGUCACAUGCGCCUCCUCACCGAUGUCCAUGAUGCGUUCAUCAUCACCGAGGCGCCGUCGGAACCUAUGCUUGCCGUCGCUGCUGCACAAAUCCUCAAUGAAAAUUCGCAGAACUACGCCAAAGCGUUGGACACACUGAUGCGACGACUCAUCAUCGACGGGGUCGUGACUGAUCGAGGGCGACAAGGUGAAUUAUCCGUCAGGCUCUUGCUCACUCUCGCGCGGGACAAGGCGACGCUCCCGGAUGGAGGAAAGUUUGUGGAUUCCACAGAACCUACUCGGCGCGCUGUCCGUCCUGUAAAACUGUCAGACUUCCUAAAGACCUUGCUUGGCAAAGACCUCGGCAUCAAGAUCCAGAACACCACUGAGGAGGCCACCACUGAGGCGGCUGAGACUGAGGAGCCCACGACUGAGGAGCAUGAGGAGGUUAAGGAAGCUAAGGAGUCCACGAUUGAGGAGGAUGAGGAGCCCACGACUCAGAAAACCAAGGCUCAGAAGGCCAAGGCUCUGAAGGCUCAGAAGGCGAAGGCUCUGAAGGCCAAGGCUCAGAAGGCGAAGGCUGACGCUCAGAAGGCGAAGGCUGAGGCUCAGAAGGCUAAGGCUGAGCAGGCCAAGGCUGAGAAGGCCAAAGCUGAGAAGACCAAGACUGAGAAUGUCAGGCGUCUUUUAAAAGGUGCAGAAAAAGUUUGGAUAAACUUUACUCACUGGAUCCAAACCCCCGAAGAGAUCUCUGUCAUCACUCUCGAGUGGCUUGCUGAGCUGUGGUUCCGAGGUGCCGCCGUACAGUGCACCCAUAAUCAGGCGUUGCUCGAUAUGCUGUUUGUAACAUACAGCGGAGACCUGAGCAAGCCUUUCGACAAGAAGAAGCUCGGAUAUGCCAUCAAACAGAUCAAGGCGCGAACGGAUGCAUCUGGAUCAAAGCUAGUUGCUGGACUGGCGGGCCCUAUCAUAGAGACCACUAACGCGUCAGGCGAGGCUGUGCGAUAUAAACCCGAGAACUACGUCGCAAUUUUCAUGGAUUUCGCUUCCGAGAGUGCCAUCGGACACGCUGGGGGGCCUCGCGUUGCUAUCGAAUUUGGGAAACCUGACAUGCAGAAGCACAGCAACUGGAUAGGGUACCUUGGGCCCGAGGAGCCGGAACGAUACUGCCUCAACAUCCGAGGGCACGAUAGUCAGGUUUACACCGUGAUCACCCCGGAAUUCAAGGAACAGUUUGAUCUUCUGUUUGCACAUGCGAUUGCUCCGAGUGGGCCCUUUGAGAAGUACGCGCACGCCAUGAAAUCGGCUAUGGAUCCUAUCUCGUCGAGACUGCAUAUCAACCCUGUGUCGUUGAAGGCCGAGAAGAAAGCGGAAAGGGCGCCGGAGAAGGCGCCGGAGAAUGCGAAGGCGGCGAAAGGGAACUCGAAGUCGGGAGGAUCGAGCAGUAAGUGAGUGUGGGGCUAAUGAUUCGAUUGUCUGAUGAUGGCUGCUGCGAAUGAUGACCCCAGUUAGUCCGUGGAGGACAUGAUCAGUCUUGUAUUCUCGCAAUGUAACGUUACUUUGGAUUGUGCUCUGGAUUGU